AGGUUAUAUGCCGGUGUGACUACUUUGUAUUCAGCGAGAUCCCUGAAGCGUUUUUAAAGUAUCUGUACACGUGUAGAAUGCGAUGUGGCCCCGUGAAUAAGUUUGACUAGUUCGUCAUCUCCGGCUUUUGAAUCACCUUUUGCGAUAUUUCAUAUCUAAGUUCCUUCCUGGAAGAUGUCUGCAAAAGCUAUUCGAGAAGCAACUGGAAAGGAGCUUUUAAACAGAUUCUUAUGUACAGGAGCUGUAGUUAAAUGCCGAUUUGCUGAAGUUAAUGAAAACAGCGAUUGGCAAAAAAUUGUGGAAGACAACCCAUGGCUUCUGAGGGAGAAAUUGGUUGUGAAGCCAGAUCAGCUAAUUAAACGCAGGGGUAAACUUGGAUUGAUAAAAGUCAAUGCAGACCUUUCUGGUGUCAGAGCAUGGAUUGAUGAACGAAUGAAUAAAUAUGUUAAGGUUGAAAGGGCUUCUGGAAGAUUACAUAAUUUCAUUAUUGAACCAUUUGUACCUCAUAAGCAAGAGGAAGAAGCUUAUGUAUGCAUUUAUUCUCAUCGCUAUGCAGACACAAUACUUUUUCACCAUGAGGGGGGUGUUGAUAUUGGAGAUGUUGAUGCUAAGGCUCUAAAACUGGAUAUUCCCGUUGAUUCAAAACCCUCUUUUGAUGAUGUAAAAUUGAAAUUAGUAAAGAAUUUACCUGCUGAGAAGCAAGAUUAUGUUGCAGCUUUCAUAUGCUCUCUGUAUGAUGUAUAUGUUGAUUUGUACUUCACAUAUUUAGAAAUAAAUCCUUUAGUGUUAACUGAAGGAAAAGCUUAUAUACUUGACUUGGCUGCAAAAUUAGAUGCUACAGCGGAUUUUCUGUGCAAGCAAAAGUGGGGAGAAUUUGAAUUUCCUCCUGCUUUUGGUCGAGAUGCUUAUCCAGAGGAAGCAUAUAUUGCAGAUCUGGACGCUAAAAGUGGAGCAUCAUUAAAGCUUACCAUUUUAAAUAAAAAAGGUCGUAUUUGGACCAUGGUAGCAGGUGGUGGUGCUUCUGUAAUAUACAGUGAUACAAUAUGUGAAUUGGGUGGAGCUUCUGAAUUAGCCAAUUAUGGAGAGUAUUCUGGAGCUCCUACAGAAAUGCAGACAUAUGAAUAUGCCAAAACUAUUUUGAGCUUAAUGACUCAAGAAAGGCAUCCAGAUGGUAAAAUUUUGCUUAUUGGAGGAGGCAUAGCAAAUUUCACAAAUGUUGCCGCUACAUUUAAAGGUAUAGUAAAGGCAUUACUGGAAUUUCAGACAAAAUUAGUAGAUCAUAAUGUUUCGAUAUUUGUUAGAAGAGCUGGCCCUAACUAUCAGGAAGGCUUAAGAGUAAUGAGGGAAGUAGGGGGAACAUUAGGAGUUCCAAUUCAUGUAUUUGGGCCUGAAACGCACAUGACAGCCAUCGUUGCAAUGGCAAUGGGUAAGAAAUCUUUACCAGCCAUGCCAGAACCUACAUUGACUACAGCAAAUUUUCUUUUACCUGGAGGAAUGAUGCAAUCCGCGCCACCAAGCAAAUUACCUAGAACAGAUUCGGGUAAUGGAUUUAGUUCUUCCAUGGAGUAUUCUCGAGCGUCUUCUGUUUCCUCAGUAAAUGGGUCUGGUGUAAAACCGUUAUUCUCUCAAAAUACAAAGGCAAUUGUUUGGGGCAUGCAAACAAGGGCAGUCCAAGGUAUGCUGGAUUUUGAUUAUGUAUGUUCUCGUAAGGAAUGUUCUGUUGUAGCAAUGGUUUAUCCUUUCACUGGAGAUCACAAACAAAAGUUCUACUGGGGUCACAAAGAAAUUCUUAUUCCUGUAUAUAAAAAUAUGUCUGAUGCAAUGAAACGGCAUAAGGAAGCUGAUGUUAUGAUCAGUUUUGCAUCUCUUCGAUCUGCUUAUGAAAGUACAAUGGAAACAAUGGAAUAUCCACAGAUCAAAGUGAUAGCAAUAAUAGCUGAAGGCAUACCUGAAAACAUGACUCGGAAAAUGAUAAAAAUAGCUGAUCAGAAAGGUGUGACUAUAAUUGGUCCAGCUACGGUUGGUGGCAUUAAACCUGGAUGUUUCAAAAUUGGAAAUACAGGUGGAAUGAUGGAUAAUAUUUUGGCUUCCAAACUUCAUCGACCAGGAUGUGUUGCAUAUGUAUCACGCUCUGGAGGUAUGUCGAAUGAGCUGAACAAUAUAAUAUCUCGUGCGACAAAUGGUGUCUAUGAAGGUGUGGCCAUAGGUGGUGACAGAUAUCCUGGUACAACUUUCAUGGAUCAUCUUUUACGUUAUCAACAAGAAUCUGAAGUGAAAAUGCUGGUUUUACUUGGAGAGGUUGGAGGAGUUGAAGAAUAUGAAGUGUGUGAUGCUUUAAAAGAUGGGCGAAUCACUAAGCCUUUAGUUGCUUGGUGCAUUGGAACUUGUGCAAGGAUGUUUACAUCAGAAGUGCAGUUUGGUCAUGCUGGUGCAUGUGCAAAUAGUGACAGAGAAACGGCUGUGGCAAAAAACAAAGCAUUAUCUGAAGCUGGAGCUUAUGUACCUGAUACAUUUGAUAACCUUGGAAAGACUAUUCAGGGAGUAUAUGAGGAUCUUGUUGAACAAGGAGAAAUAAUUCCUCAACCAGAGGUACCACCUCCAGCUGUGCCAAUGGAUUACAGUUGGGCUCGGGAAUUGGGGCUAAUUCGCAAGCCUGCUUCCUUCAUGACAAGUAUUUGUGACGAGAGAGGCCAAGAAUUACUGUAUGCUGGAACACCUAUCACAACAGUCAUAAAAGAUGAUUUAGGUAUAGGUGGAGUACUAGGAUUACUGUGGUUUCAAAGGAGAUUACCAUCAUAUGCAGGGAAAUUCCUUGAAAUGGUUUUAAUGGUUACUGCUGACCAUGGACCUGCAGUUUCUGGGGCUCACAAUACCAUCGUAUGUGCAAGGGCUGGAAAAGAUUUGGUUUCAUCACUUGUGUCAGGUCUUUUAACUAUUGGUGACAGAUUUGGAGGUGCAUUGGAUGCUGCAGCAAAGUUGUUUAGCGAAGCAUACGACAGUGGAAUGAUACCAAUGGAAUUUGUAAACUCAAUGAGGAAAAAAGGUCAAUUGAUUAUGGGAAUUGGACACAGAGUUAAAUCGAUCAAUAACCCUGAUAUGAGAGUUCAAAUACUUAAAAGUUAUGUGAAAGAGCAUUUUCCUGCUACACCAGUGUUGGACUAUGCUUUGGCAGUAGAAAAGAUCACAACUUCAAAGAAACCAAAUCUCAUCUUAAAUGUGGAUGGUCUCAUUGGUGCUGCAGUUGUAGAUCUUUUGAGAUACAGCGGAUGCUUCACCCCAGAAGAAGCUCAAGAAUACAUAGAAAUUGGUGCAUUGAAUGGUCUGUUUGUUCUGGGACGCACAGUUGGCUUUAUUGGACAUUACCUAGACCAAAAGCGUCUGAAACAAGGCUUGUAUCGUCAUCCAUGGGAUGAUAUUUCGUACAUUAUGCCUGAAGCUAUGAUGGAUGAAGAAAAUUCAUGAAUGUUUGGAAUGAUGUAUAAAGCAGUUUAGCUGUAGUUAUAUUUGUUGCAUAAAUUGUUUUGAGGGCCAUAUUAGCAACAUACUUACUCAAAACAAAUAUUCUGGCAUUUGAAAAGGACUAUUUUUUCUUGUAAAAUAUUGUGUAUAAGUUGCAACAAAGAUUCUUUUUCAAUAAUAUUUAAAUUAAAAAUUUAUUUCAUAAGUUGAAUUGAUAUAUUCUUUGGAAUGUUUUAAAUUGUUAUAUCAUCAUCAGAUAUCUAAAAACAGUUUUCAGAAAUUGUACAUAAGUCUUUAUAUGCUAUUUUGCUGAAAAAUAACAAAUUUUAAUAUUCAGAGUGGCUAAAGUAUAUUUUAUUCUAAGAGAGAGACUAUCUUGUUGAGUGAGCAGAAAUGAACUUUAAAGUUGUUGUUCUUCAUAAUUUUCUACAUAUGAUUCUUUUAUUUGUCAAUGCUGUUGUUACUCAUUUUAUUUAAAUGAAUGGUUGGAUAUGAGUUAACAAAUUUGCACAUUCCAGUUUAUUUAUUUACUUUCAUUUUCGUGUGAGUGUGGAAUUUUGUGUAUGUAAUAUGAAUUAAAACACAUUUUCAUGAUGUUGCU